UUCCUUAUGCAUACCUUACUUUCAAGGCAAUCAAAGCACAAUCCAGAAGCAGCACCAUUACAUUACAGUGUAGUAUUAGUAAAUUAAAUCUCACUAAUUCUCUCCUUUUCCACUCACUUUUUUUUCAAUUUCUUUUUCCUCCGAUCAACCGAUCCAAAGCAAAAAAGAGACAAAAAAAAAAAAAAAUCGUAAAUCCAAUUCCAUGCCCUAAUUACCAAAACCCAAAUCCACAAAACAAUUCCGAUGACAGAAUUGCUAGACACUUCACCAGCAACCGCUGCAAAAGCUCCUCAAAUUUCCGAAAUGUUUCAAAAAUUCGCCUUAGCUUUCAAGACCAAAACAUUCGAAUUCUUCGCCGACGACGACGAAAACACCGCUACAUCCGCCGCGGACUACGACGGUUUUUCCCUUCUCGACUCCGCCGAGGAUUUCAUUACCGACCAGAAAGUUAUUAUUCUCAAACCCGACCAACCUGACCGACCUGACCAACCUGAUCAACCAAUUAACCAAACCCAAGAGCUACCACCAAAAUCAACGGUUACUAAACCUAAACAAACCGUUAAACUUAAGCCGUUAAAUACCCAGUUGGCUCAAACCCUAAUUUCGUCGACAUUUGCGACGGUUUCUUCAUUUGAAGCUUCGUAUUUGCAGCUACAAACUGCCCACGUGCCAUUAAAUGAAGAGGGUGUAAGAAUUGCUGACGAGGCUUUGGUUUCACAUCUUCAAAGGCUGUCUGAUUUGAAGCAAUUACAUUGGGAUUUGUGUAGAAAUCCUGAGUUUGGAGCUGAUUUGAAUAUUGGGUCUUGCUUAGAAGCUCAAGUACAAGAGAAUCAAAGCAAAUUGCGAGUUUUAGGUACUGUUUCUGAUCAUUUACAAGAAGAAAUUGAUAGAAAAGAUAAUCAAGUGUUGGAGUUAAGGAAGAAACUGGGUGAAAUUCAACGGUCUAAUGCUAAGUUGUCUAAGAGAUUAUCUGGUAAUUUGAAUUUUAAUGUGAGUUUGAAAUCUUCUGUUUGUGAUGUUUUGUUGUCUGUUAGGGUUUUUGAUUCUGUAUUAACUGAUGCUUGUAGAGCUACACAUAAGUUUACUAAGAUUUUGAUUGAUUUGAUGAUGAAAGCUAGAUGGGAUUUGGAUUUGGCAGCUAAUUCAGUUCAUUCUGAUGUUCGAUAUGCAAAAACAGGGCAUAAUCGGUAUGCUCUGUAUUCGUAUGUUUGCUUAGGUAUGUUUCACGGUUUUGAUUUAGAAGGGUUUGGGUUAGAGUUAGAGAAGGUUACUGGUGAAAUCAAUAGUUCAUUAAAGCUAUUACUUGAGCAUGUUUCGAGUAAUCCUCUCGAGUUGAUAAGUAGGAAUCCGAGCUGCGAAUUUGCGAAGUUUUGUGAAAAGAAGUAUCAAGAACUUGUCCACCCGACAAUGGAAUCAUCUAUUUUCUGCAAUUUGGAUCAUAAUGAAGCUGUUUUGAACUCGUGGAGGUCGUUGAGUGUCUUCUAUGAAUCGUUUGUGAAUAUGGCUAGUUCGAUAUGGGCGCUUCAUAAACUGGCGUUUUCAUUUGAUCCGGUUGUAGAGAUUUUUCAAGUUGAAAGAGGUGUUGAUUUUUCAAUGGUGUAUAUGGAAGAUGUUACACGAAGAUGUACAUUUCCUGGUAAAACGCGGAUGAAGGUGGGGUUCACCGUAGUUCCGGGAUUUAAGAUUGGAAGAACAGUAAUGCAAUCUCAGGUCUAUUUAUGCAACUCGGACUUUACAAGUUAGAUGUUUCUUGUUGACUGACUCACAUUGAAGCUUUGGGUUGAUUUAAUAGAUUCAAUUGACUGGUUUCAUAGAUGCGUUGGUUAAAUGCUGAGAAGGAAAUCUAACAAUAUAUAGACUUGGAAAAUCCAGCGUCUUUCAUUGGUCACUGGAAGCAACUAUUGCUGGCAGCUCUGUGUCUACAUCGCGAUUAUAUCUUGUGAGUUUAUCACCCUUAUUUUCAUCAUAUAAUGUCCUGUGUAAAUAUGGCUGUAAAGUUUUGUUUUGUUUUUCUGUUGCAUUUGAACCCUUUAGAUUUUGCUUGCAAGAUCUGUUUAGACACACAAAUACAUUACCAAACUGUGUAUUCUCAUCAGUCUCUUUUGAUAUAUAACUUAAGAAUAUAAGAAUUGGGAAAGGUAGGAAAGUUGUGUUGUAAUGAUUUUGAUUAUACUUGUUUUACAGAUGAUAAAUUAAUAGCUUGAGUAACAAUCUCUUUGCAUUUUGA